ACACACACACACACACACAUAUCACACACAUUAUAUUACAUUAGCAUAUUUCUCCCCUUAGAGCCUGCUCAACUUGUUCUUCUUUUUAAGUAACAGACCCCACUCCCGUGGGGGUCACACCAAAGAAAGAGAUGCCUUAAUUGAUGUUAGAAGCAGCGAAAAGCAAGAAGAUCCAUGACUUUUGAAAGGAAGCAAGAUGGUUUAAUGGGAAGAGCACAGCUCAGAGCAGUGGGAAACCUGUGUUCUUCUUCCAGUCUCGCCAUGAGCCCGGAGACAAGUCACUUAACCUCUCAGAGCCUCAGUUUCUCCAAGAGAAAAUGGAGGCAAUCUUGCUCAUUCUUGCUUCUCCUGCAUGGAGCAUGGGGAGGAAGGAAGGGAAGUCACAUGUGGCAUCUUAGCUUUGCAGUUUCGAAAAAUCCCAAAGGGCAAUUAUGGAGCUAAUGAUUCGGAAAUGAAAGGGGCCCCAUGAGUACCAGACCGCCCUUCCUCAUUCUUUGAAUCUCUGCCCACCACAAGUUCUAUGGCUAGUUCCAGAGGGUAUGGGUUUGCUAAUCACUAUGGAUUUGGGGUCUUCUAAUCAUUACCCCUAAGGGAACCUUCACGGAACUACUCAUUAUUGUGGCUUGCUCUAGCAGUCUGAUCCCAAAGCUCAGUACAUCCCAGGGAGGAUGUGAAGAAAAGAAGAGCUGAAAAUAAACUUAGUUAAUUUUUUCUUCCACACCCGGGCUUCCCGGGGUGAGACUAGGAUUCUCUAAUGAGACCUAAGACACAGCUGCUUUGUGAAGCGAAGGAAACCCCAUAUUUCGGGUUUUCUCUUGAGACUUUUCAGAAGAGUAUGAUGUCUCUCAGCACCCAAAUGACCUGGGGGAGAGGGGCAAGAGGAUAAUAGAUACUUUUCCCCUGUGCAUCCCCCAGAAUCCUCCACCCUUGCCUCUAACAGUAUAGUAUUACAAGCCAAAGAUUUUCAUCCAUCUGCCUGAGAGAGAUCUUUGAAGAGACCAGGAAUCCUGAUGGCAGCUCAGGCUGUUCCCUUGCCCCACUCUUAUGCCCCCAAAUCUGCCCUGGACUAUUUAUUUUUUAUUAGAUGACUGGUGAAAUCAAUUUUGGAGGUAUGUAAAUUUCCACCAAAGAGAUUUUUUUUUUCCUCCUCCCACAGGCUCCUAAGGAGAUAAUUCAUUGGAACAAAUUAUCACUUUUAAUUGUUCUCAGUUCUUGAAUUGUUUAAUACUCUACUGCCAAUUACUGCUCGCUUCUCUUAAAUAGACUAACCUGCAUUUUAAAUUCAGUCUUCCCCCUUUAAAAAAAAUAAAUAAACAUAGUGAAGUAAUUGACAAGAAGGUGGGGAAAAGCCACUUAAAGUUUUAAUUUAUUAGACCUUCAGUGGAGGACUCCUCGCUGAACCUGAGGUGGGCUGCUCUCCAUCUUCUACUUUCCUGUCCCCCUCCCUCCCCUACACACCCCAAAAAAGAAUCCCUUGAGACAGAAUCCAGCUUCUUCCCCUUGUUACUACCCUGUUCUUAAGGUAUAGAGCUUCUGUGGGGCUGGGUUUUUUGCCUCCAGAAGCUGGGCUAUAACCUGUCUCCUUUCCCACAGCGUCAGCUCCACCUACAGGAGGAGGGUCUACUCUCCAAACACCGCAACUGGGACCACUCUGGAGUAAGACAGUGUUUCCACUCCAGAGGCUGGGGAAGCCUGCAGAAGUUGUAGGUUGGAGUUUCAGACUCUAAGAUGGACAUAGAAGACUGCAAUGGCCGCUCCUAUAUGUCUGUGGGACCAAUGUAAUUAUGGGCAUGUUCAAAGGAUGAUAGCAAGAUGGGUCAGACACACAUAGCAGAGUCAUUGGGAACACCUGGGUAAUGUAAAUGAGAAACUGAGAACGUGGCGGGGAAAUAUCCCGAGCAGCUCUGUCUCUGGAGAAUGUGGAUUAGAGGAAAACCUCUUAGGGUGUUUGCUUCACGUGCAUGAAACCAAAUUGUCCCUGCUUUCAGCAGAUUGACAUUUCCGAGCUGGAGAGGGAUCCCUCAGGAGGGUGUGUUCCGGAUUUCUUGCCUCAGGCCCAAGACUCCAACCAUUUUAUAAUGGAAUCUUUAUUUUGUGAAAGUAGCGGGGACUCAUCUCUGGAGAAGGAGUUCCUCGGGGCCCCAGUGGGGCCCUCGGUGAGCACCCCCAACAGCCAGCACUCUUCUCCCAGCCGCUCACUCAGUGCCAACUCCAUCAAGGUGGAGAUGUACAGCGAUGAGGAGUCAAGCAGACUGCUGGGGCCAGAUGAGCGGCUCCUAGAAAAGGAUGACAGUGUGAUCGUGGAAGACUCGUUGUCAGAGCCCCUGGGCUACUGUGAUGGAAGUGGGCCAGAGCCUCACUCUCCCGGGGGCAUCCGGCUGCCCAACGGCAAGCUCAAAUGCGACGUCUGCGGCAUGGUCUGUAUUGGACCCAAUGUGCUCAUGGUGCAUAAGCGCAGCCACACGGGUGAAAGGCCAUUCCACUGCAACCAGUGUGGUGCCUCCUUCACCCAGAAGGGGAACCUCCUGCGCCACAUCAAGCUGCACUCCGGGGAGAAGCCUUUCAAAUGUCCCUUCUGUAACUAUGCUUGCCGCCGGCGUGACGCGCUCACCGGCCACCUCCGUACACACUCGGUCUCCUCUCCCACAGUGGGCAAGCCCUACAAGUGUAACUACUGUGGCCGGAGCUACAAACAGCAGAGUACCCUGGAGGAGCACAAAGAGCGGUGCCACAACUACCUACAGAGUCUCAGCACUGAAGCCCAAGCUCUGGUGGGCCAACCAGGUGACGAGAUUCGUGACCUGGAGAUGGUGCCAGACUCCAUGCUGCACUCAUCCUCGGAGCGGCCAACUUUCAUUGAUCGGCUGGCCAAUAGCCUCACCAAACGCAAGCGCUCCACCCCCCAGAAGUUUGUAGGUGAAAAGCAGAUGCGCUUCAGCCUCUCAGACAUCCCCUACGAUGUGAACUCGGGUGGCUACGAGAAGGAUGUGGAGUUGGUGGCACAUCACGGCCUAGAGCCCGGCUUUGGAGGUUCCCUGGCCUUUGUGGGGGCAGAGCAUCUGCGUCCCCUCCGCCUUCCACCUACCAACUGCAUCUCGGAACUCACACCCGUCAUCAGCUCUGUCUACACCCAGAUGCAGCCCCUCCCUGGUCGGCUGGAGCUUCCAGGGUCCCGAGAAGCAGGUGAGGGACCCGAGGACCUGGCUGAUGGAGGCCCCCUCCUCUACCGGGCCCGAGGCCCCCUGACCGACCCUGGGGCAUCCCCCAGCAAUGGCUGCCAGGACUCCACAGAUACAGAGAGCAACCACGAAGAUCGUGUUGGGGGGGUGGUAUCCCUCCCUCAGGGUCCCCCACCCCAGCCACCUCCCACCAUUGUGGUGGGCCGGCCCAGUCCUGCCUACGCCAAAGAGGACCCCAAGCCGCAGGAAGGGUUACUGCGGGGCACCCCGGGCCCCUCCAAGGAAGUGCUCCGGGUGGUGGGCGAGAGCGGUGAGCCCGUGAAGGCCUUCAAGUGCGAGCACUGCCGAAUCCUCUUUCUGGACCAUGUCAUGUUCACUAUCCACAUGGGCUGCCAUGGCUUCAGAGACCCUUUCGAGUGUAACAUCUGCGGCUACCACAGCCAGGACCGGUACGAAUUCUCUUCCCACAUUGUCCGGGGGGAGCACAAGGUCGGCUAGCCACCUACCUACCACCCUCCCUUCAGUCCGCCACUCCACUGCCUCCCUACAGGAGUCUAGCUCUUUCCCCACUUCAUCCCAAGGAGCUUGGCUCCGUAGCCUCCUCCACUGGCUACCAGACUUCACACUUGACCCUGACCCCUCCUCACCUAUUCUCCUCUACCCUGACUGACUUAAGCAUUGUGAUGAAACAGGCCUUUUUGCUUAUGUUUCUCCUCUUCCUCUUCUCUCAUCCCAGCAUAGUCAGAGUUAUUUAUUGAUAUAAUUUGUGGAUUUUUCUUUUGGCUUUU